AUGAAAGAGAAGAUUUUAAGGCAUCAUCUAGACAAGUGCGUAGAUUAUACCCAGGAGCAUGUGGACCUGGAAAGUGCAAGAGCCAUUUCUAGCUUUGGAGUUGAUACAAAUGCGAAUUAUGAGUGGCUUUACGAACUGAACAGUCGUUAUCCAACAAGAAAAAUAGAGGAGAUUCGUACCUAUCAACUAUUGAAGACAGAUUAUAUGAAAAAGCUAGAUAAUCUUGAUGGACGGAUUACUUAUUUUGAAAACCUGGCAAAAGAGCUUGAUGAAUUCCAGAAUGAAGUAAAUAUUAAAAUGCAGCGUAUAAAGCGGAGUACAUACAACGAUGAUUAA